UCUCUUUUUGUGUGAUUCUUUAACUUAAAUUUUCGAACUUGAACUAUAAAGAGAGUAACAUCAAGAACUGAAUCGCACGGGAGAGCUUUUGUUUUUAGUGAAAGUUUUAGUUUCUCGUUAUCAAAGUUUUGUUCUUUACUUACCAUCAUUUUUUGUUAUCCGUGUGAAAGGAAAUUGAACUAGAAAGACAAAAUGAGCAAUGCUCAUCAAGAAACUAUCAAGCAAUUUCUGUCUUUGAUGGAAAAUGUUGAUGAGCAGAUGAAGGCGACAUUUCAGAACAUGCACCAUGGGUAUCCAACUGAAACUUUAGUGCGGUUUCUCAAAGCAAGAGAUUGGAAUGUUCAGAAAGCCCAUAAAAUGUUAAUUGAUUGCUUACAAUGGAGAAUACAGAAUGAGAUUGACAACAUUUUAGCAAAACCAAUUAUCCCGACAGAUAUAUAUAGAUCAGUGCGAGAUUCUCAGCUUGUAGGAUUGUCGGGCUACUCAAAAGAUGGUCUUCCUGUCAUUGCUAUUGGUGUUGGGCUUAGCACAUAUGAUAAGGCAUCUGUGAAUUACUAUGUACAGUCGCACAUUCAGAUGAACGAAUAUCGAGAUCGUGUACUAUUGCCUACGGCCACAGAAAAGUACGGACGACAUAUCAGCACAUGUCUGAAGGUUUUGGAUAUGACCGGCUUGAAGCUUUCAGCAUUGAAUCAAAUAAAGUUACUUACCACUAUAUCAACAAUUGAUGACCUGAAUUAUCCUGAGAAGACACAUACAUAUUAUAUUGUCAAUGCACCGUAUAUAUUUUCGGCAUGUUGGAAGGCCGUAAAACCUCUCUUGCAAGAAAGGACAAAGAGGAAAAUUCAGGUGCUUCAAGGUUCUGGAAAGGAGGAGUUGCUGAAAAUAAUGGAUUAUUCAUCCCUCCCACAUUUUUGUAGAAAAGAAAGUUCUGGAUUCACACGUCGCAGCAACAAUGGAACGGUGGAUAACUGUUUCUCGUUGGAUCACGCCUACCAUCAACAGCUUUACAGUUAUGUAAAGCAACAAGCUAUACUUAUAGAGACAGGUUCACCGGUCAGAGAGGGGUCAGUUCAUGUAGAAUUUCCCGAGCCGGAUCCAGACGAUACUAAAAUUGCUCUGACAAUCGAAUCCGAGCUGCACAAGCUUGCAGAUCGUAAUGGUUUGUGCAAGUCCUUAAAUGGCCUUAAACGGUGAUUAGAUUUUAGAUUAUACCCGAUUAUGUAACUGUUGCCGAUAUGUUGCAAAGAGACCAGACUCAUCAGCUACUGUAGAAUGAGAGGCCAUGUAUUUCAAUCAUCAAAUAUUAUAGCAGAGCCCUCUUGCAUCAGCUCGAUGCAGAUUUAGAGGACAAACUAAUUUGGUGCUACCUGGUAUGCCACCUUGUUGUGGAUAAUAGCGCAUGCCUUUUCUUUAUUUACUAGAUUCUGUAUGAAACAAGAGCCACCCAGUUCUACUAAAUGCAGCUUUGUUGAAUAA